AUGCUGGGACGUUCAAUUCUGCGCGCGUCCAACCGGACCUUCGCACGCUCCCUCGGGAAGUCCACGCGUGCCGCUUCCACCUCCGCCGGCGAGGCCGCCAGCUCCCCCUUCUACCUCACACUCACUGCCGGCCUCGCAACCGCCGCCGCCGCCGGUUCCACCGCAUGGUACUACCACCUCUACGGCCAGGAGGCCUUCGCCAUGACACCCGCUGAGGAGGGACUCCACGCCACUCAGUACCCUUGGGUUCACGAGCGUUUCAACAAGACCUUCGACCACGCUGCCCUCCGCCGUGGUUUCCAGGUUUACCGUGAAGUUUGCGCCUCCUGCCACUCCCUUACCCGUGUCCCAUGGCGCAGCAUGGUCGGCACCAUGCACACCGUCGAUGAGAUGAAGGCCAUGGCCGAGGACAACGAGUACGACACCGAGCCCAACAGCGAGGGCAACAUCGAGAAGCGCCCCGGAAAGCUCUCCGACUACAUCCCUGCCCCCUACCCCAACGAUGAGGCCGCCCGUGCCGCCAACGCCGGUGCUCUGCCUCCCGAUCUGAGCUUGAUCACCAAGGGCCGUCACGGUGGCUGCAACUACGUCUUCUCCCUGCUCACCGGUUACCCCGAUGAGGCUCCCGCCGGUGCUGCCGUCGCCGAGGGCAUGAACUUCAACCCCUACUUCCCCGGUACCGGUAUUGCCAUGGGCCGUGUCCUGUUCGACGGUGUUGUCGAGUACGAGGACGGUACCCCCGCCACCACCUCCCAGAUGGCCAAGGACGUCGUCGAGUUCCUCAACUGGUCCGCCGAGCCCGAGAUGGACGACCGCAAGAAGAUGGGUGUCAAGGCCGUCGCUCUGCUGACCGGUCUCUUCGCCAUCUCCGUCUGGGUCAAGCGCUACAAGUGGGCCCCUCUCAAGACCCGCAAGAUCGUGUACAGCCCUCCCAUCGGUCCCCGUCGUUAA